UGACCUGCUACAUAAAAUAAAAAUGAUAUAAAAAUAUAAAUAACACCCUAUAUCAUAUAUAAUACAUUAUAUAAUGUAUAAUGAAAAAUGAAGUAAAUUUAAAUUUGUUGUUUUCUGGUUUAAAAUAUAUUUCAAAAACAAAUUUACUAAAAUCUGCCUUAAAUUCUCCAAAUUUAACCAAAUGUGUAAGCGAGUUUAAGCUGAGACUCAUUAAUUGUUUGGAUUCUACCUGUAUACCGCAAGAUUCUGGAAUUUCAGUCCAAUUCCUCAUUAACAUAGCAAAUCUUUUGUACGAUUUGAAGGCUUGUGAUCGCAAAAUCUGUUACCAUCUCUCAAAAUCAUUUGAACAAAGAUCAAUCAUUGCGUCACAACUACAAUUAGGAGUAUUGUGGAUAUACUAUAACAACCCAUUGUUAAACCGGAGAAGAAGGAAAAUUAUAAAUUCUAGUUGUAAAAUCACUAUUAACAACGCAGUUCAUGAAUUUUUAAAUUUGAGGGAAAAUGUAACCAAUAUUGCAAAAUUUGACAAGAUUUUACUUAACCUGAAGGUGGUCGGUGACUGCUAUAAGCUUCCCAUCUCGUCAAAGGCCAGACUUACCCAAAGCAUUAUCGAGUCUUCAGAAGUGUUUAAAUUGUGUUUCGAUUGUUCUAAAUUGUUCCUUCCAAUGCUAAAAGCACUCAAUUCGUUGAGGCUUGAUAACGAAAAAAUUGCGUCGACUAUGUGUCAAAUAUUUCUUAAACAGUUGGAACAGAACGAUUUAAUGAGUUUAAAUGAAGUUUCAAACGUUGUGAAAUUAAUGAAUAACUGGGAUAUUUACAUAUUUAAGGAGUCUAAAUACUUGAAAUGUCUUUGUAUUCUGAAACAGUUGUUUGAAAAUGGUAGUUACGACUAUAAAAUGAAUAGUAGCUCUUCAAUAAAGUUACUUGUAGCUCUGGUAAGACUGCCAAAGAGCGACAUAGUAAGAGAAAUUUGUACAUUAACUUUAAAUCAAAUUGGCAAAAUUACGGAAUUUUGCAGUAAUUCAGAUUUGACCCAGUUAAUAAACUCAAUUUCUCACUAUAAGAAGAAUUACCCCUCCUCUAAGAUUCCUCACUUGGACUUAAUAUUGGACAAUAUUGAAACAUAUAAAAAAUAUGAACAUAAAGAGCUUUUAGGCAAAGAUUUGACAACGAUCAAUCGCUCAAAUAAUAUAUUGAACAAUAUCAAUCAAUGUACUCCUUAA